AUGUUGCAAGUAGUGAUGUCCGGUCUACGAUGGGUGAUCGAUUUGCAGUAUCAUAUCAGGGCUGUUGCUGCGAUGCAUUUUUAUCGUUGUCUCCGAUCCGGUCAUUAUUUAGUUGUUCUGAAACGUAACAGUCCGGUGGGCUUUUUCGGUGUGUUCGAUGUUCAGCCGGGCGCCUAUGCCGAGGAACGGUUUAUCAAAGUUGCAGCACCGUAUGCACUUGGUCCUCCAAUACAGUUCAUUUCUUUUCUGGAUAAUUACGUCGGCUCUUCGUUCAGCCUUCAUCGGAUAAAAUGGCGUCUGAAAGCGCUUACGCCCGAUGUUGAUUCGAUACUGGAGGGUUUCGAGGAUGGCGACAGCAUCGUUGUUUUACGUCUGGACGUCUCGAAAAUGUGUGCUUUUAUGCGGCAGUUCUAUGGGCAGCUCUUUUUUGUGCCGCGAGAUUCAGAAGAAUGUUGCGCAGUUGGACCACACUGCAGCGUAUUACAGUUCAGGUACCCGAUGCUAUAUGAGGGUGAAACUGCUGAAAAUAUUAUGAAACUUUUGAAAACAAUUGAAGCGAAAUCGAACGAAGGAAAAAGAAGCAUAACAAUGAUCGUGGGAAACAAAGGUACGGGCAAAUCAAUGCUUACUCGAGUAAUCGCAAAUUCCCUUCUUAAAAACUUUCGACCGUCGGUUUAUAUUCUCGAUUGUGACAUUGGACAAGCUGAAAUGAAUCCACCAGGAUGUGUUUCUUUGCUGAAAGUGAAUUCACCACUUUUAGGUGUGCCGAUGUUCCAGCAAAGGACCAUUCUAGCGGACACGUACUUCUAUGGUAGAAUUGUCUUUAAAGAUGACAUGACAUCGUAUUUGAUGCUUCUUCGCAGGUUGCUGGAGCGUUUCAAGAGUGUCAGUGAUCCAUCUUCUCCUUUAUUAAUCAACACAUGCGGAUGGGUUGAAGGUAAAGGCUCCAGGCUUCUAGAUGAUUUGUUGAAGCUUUUUGAUCCCGAUUUUUUAUUCACUCUGUUGACGCCAACGGGACCAAAUUACCAGGUAACGAAAUUAAAUUAUUUGAUUUCCAAUCUUCUAGUUAGUAGUCAACAAAAAAAGAGAUUCUAUACGAUAGAUUUAUUUGUGUUUUGCCUUACUACCUCUUCAAUAGGAUGGCGUGCUGAACAUCGAGGAUAAGU